GUGAAUUUUUCCUUUGUCCACCAAACUUGGAGUAGCUGGCUCAUGGCCUCUCUUCAUAAAUACUUUGAAAAUCUCAUCUCUUCAUUGAUCUGAUAGCUAUAGUCUUACUUUUUUACUUGUUUCAUAUUCAAAGUUUGUAUCUUUUGUCAGGAAAUCUCUAAAACUGUUGAUCAUAAAAACAGAGAGAUUACAUGCUGUGUGUGUUUAGAAGGAAGCUCCGUUGCCUUUUCUCAAGACUUCGAUGGGUCAUCAAGAAACGGGUUAGGGCCAGAGUUAUCAUCAGGAGGUUCAGGAGGAGAGCUCGAGGAAAAGAGAGCCAUGAAACCGAAGUUUCUUCUAUCAAUCUGAGCUCAAACUCCACGAGACAAAUUCGGGUUGCAACGUUUAACGUGGCAAUGUUCUCACUUGCCCCUGUAGUGCAAAACAUGGAGGAAACAACUUUGCUUGAUCAUAUUGAUGGCAGAAACAUUCUAAGUCCAUCUCCGAAAGGGAUUCUGAAGCUGUCUCCGUUACAUCCUUCUGCAGUCAAGAAACCAAAGGUCUGUAUUAAUCUCCCCGAAAAUGAGAUCUCUUUAGCACAGAGCUACAGCUUUCUUAGCAUGGUAGAGAAUGAUAAGGAAAACAGAGGAAGUAUCUCGAUGAGGUCUCCCGUGUGUCUUCCCUCUUGUUGGUGGGAUCAAGAGAGCUUUAAUGGAUACAGCAGCGGGAGAAGCAUAGCUGAGUUGCUAGGAGAGUUGGAUGCAGACAUCUUGGCUUUGCAAGACGUGAAAGCAGAGGAAGAGAAACUCAUGAAGCCAUUAUCAGGUUUGGCUUCUGCUUUAGGUAUGAAGUACGUUUUUGCAGAAAGCUGGGCUCCUGAGUAUGGCAAUGCAAUACUCUCGAAAUGGCCCAUUAAGAAAUGGAGAGUCCAGAGAAUCGCUGAUGCAGAUGAUUUCAGGAAUGUCUUGAAGGUGACUAUAGAGGUCCCAAGGGCAGGAGAAGUAAACGUGUAUUGUACGCAACUGGAUCAUCUAGAUGAGAACUGGCGGAUGAAGCAAAUCGAUGCAAUUACUCGAGGAGAUGAGUCUCCUCACAUUUUGUUGGGAGGCUUGAAUUCUCUUGAUGGAUCUGAUUAUUCAAUAUCAAGAUGGAACCACAUCGUAAAGGUUUAA